AUGGACAAGGACUCCCUCAUCUCGUCGCUCGCCACCCGGGAGGUCGUGGAUCAAGGACGCCGCGACCUACCGACCCCGCCGCAGCUGGAUCCGAGUCUUGGAGGCCGUGGAAGCGGGGGGGCUGCGGGAGGUGCGGGGCCCGUGGAUUCCGGGGAGGGGGGGAGACCGCAGAUGUUCGCAACGAUGUUCGCCAUCCGCGAGGAUGUGGACGCCGCUCUUCGCGCCCCGCGCCUGCCCGACAAGAUGCCAGACCUUCCUCACUGCCUCGCCAGCGACCUCCGAGNAUCAAGGACGCCGCGACCUACCGACCCCGCCGCAGCUGGAUCCGAGUCUUGGAGGCCGUGGAAGCGGGGGGGCUGCGGGAGGUGCGGGGCCCGUGGAUUCCGGGGAGGGGGGGAGACCGCAGAUGUUCGCAACGAUCAACCAGUAGAGAACGCGAUCAAUGCCAAGUGGGUCUUUAACUGUAAGGCAGACGAGUACGGAUGGCCGACGAAAUUCAAGGCAAGACUUGUAGCGCGGGGGGAAAUGCAGAGGGCUUCGAUUGAUUUUGGAGAAUUGCUUGCACCCACCGUUUCCGUGUCUAGUGUGCGCUUGUUGGCAGCAAUAGCAUGUGAGCAGAAUCUUGACUUUUGCCAUGUCGAUAUUCAGCAGGCUUUUUUGCAGUCUGAGCUUGAUAAGGAUGUUUCCAUGCGCUUACCGCAGAGGUGUGAUGCAUGUGUUCUUCGAUUAUUGGAGGAGGGACAUGUGAUCAUGAUCAUCGUGGUCCACUUGGAUGACAGUUUUGCCGUAGGGCAGAAGGAGAGGUGUGACAAGUUUGGCAGGGAUCUCAACGCGAUGGUCCCCGUGAUGAAUCUUGGAGAGUUGAGGUGGUACUCCGCGUGCUUUCACAAGAGAGACGUAGAGAGAGGACUGUUGAGGAUUUCGCAGCAGAGGAUCUCUACUGUGGUUGGCCACUCAAACAAGGCCGGACAUCGUGAACGCAGUACGAGCAGUAGCUAUGCAUCUCCCAAGAUGGUGCACUGGAAGGCAGCACUCGGUAUUUUAGGGUACGUACGGAGGACGGGUUGGAUGAGGAUUACAUUUGAGAGGGGAGUCUUGACUGGGAUUAACAUGCAGGUGUUUGGGGACGCCGACUACGCAAGCAAGGCAACAGACCGCAGAUCGGUGUCAGGAGGGCUAGUGAUGUGUGGGGGAGGGUGUGUGACUUGGUUUUCGAGCACACAGAAGUGCGUUACGUUUUCCACCACGGAAGCAGAGUAUGUGGGAGCGAUUCAGAUUGCGCACAACCCGAUCGCGAACUCCAACUCGAAGCACAUCGAUGUACGGCAUCACAUUAUCAGGGAGCUGGUAGAGAGGAAGGAGAUCUCAGUUACUCAUGUGCCGACGCAAUUCAGCAUGCAGAUUUCUUGA